AUGGUGCCAACCAGUGAAAAUGAGGUGGUUUGUGUAACAGGAAAUAUCCCUCAAUUGGGUAAUUGGAAUCCUGAAAAUGUGGUUUCUCUUCAGAAACAUAAUGUAAUUGAAAUUUGUUACAGUGAUUUAUGGUGGAUUAUAUUAGAUGUACCAGCUAAUACAGAAGUACAAUAUAGAUUCUGUGUAACAGCACCAUUAGAAACAGCAGACGGCGAGAAGAAAUACCUUAUUAAACACUGGGAAACUAAUCUCAAUCCCAGAUUAGCUCAUGUUAAAGAAAAUAAAGAUGUACAAGUUAUGGGUACAGCUAUGUUUGGAGAGUAUGAUGGGUAUAAUUAUGGUACACAAGGAUGGCUGUCAGACCAAACAGCUAUUCAACUGCGAUUAGAAAAUAACCCAAUAAACAUGUAUAAACCUCGUCAUAGAACACAAACAUAUAGUAUUAAAUUAUAUAAUAUAUUGCUUAUAUUGCAGACCGAAUCUAAUACCAGUGGUUUUAGUAAUUAUUGUGAUUUUGGUGAAGAAGAUAGUAAUGAAGGUCCGUUGACCUGUCAGCUAUCAGAAGUACUUAUCUCUGUUUUAAGAGAUGAUAUGUGUGUACCAUGUAAACAGAAUCAAUUUGGUGAAAUUUAUAAACAAAAUGAUUACAUGAUAUUUAAAUCUGAAACAUUAUUUCCUGAAUCUCUUGGAUUUCAACUAGAAUUCUAUGUACAUGAUAACUGUGAUGGUAAAAAUGUACCAAGAUAUAUAGGGUACAGUCACUUGUUACCCAAUAACUGUAAUCAUACAUUGGGUAACAAACGUCUACCUAUAAUGUCCUUAAAACAUAAACCUAUUGGUGAAAUAACAGUGAACUUUAUGAUUGCCAAACCUUUGGAAGGUGUAGAGUUUGAUAUGGAACAUUGCUUUCAAAGUCAUUGGAAACAUACUGAAUCCUUAGAUGUUGGUCACAGAGGAAUGGGAUCUUCUUAUAAAAAAUUAGCCUUAGUUCGUGAAAAUACAGUGGCUUCAUUAUGUGCUGCAGCUCAAAAUGGAGCUGAUUUAGUAGAGUUUGACAUUAUGUUGACAAAAGAUUUGUUUCCAGUUAUUUAUCAUGAUUUUGCAGUCCAAGUCAUAAGACCUAGUGAUGGUCAGACAUCUUCUCACGAAUUAUUACCAAUACCAGUUAAAGAUUUAACUUUACGUCAAUUACAGAGUAUGAAGGUACUUAUAUUUCACUUCAAAUACAUAUCUUUCAAUAUUAAUGGUGAUGUAGAUCCUGAUAAUCUUCAACCAUUUCCUACCUUACAACAAUGUUUUAAAGGUGUAGAUGAGAGUUUAGGUUUUAAUAUUGAAAUAAAAUACCCUCUACAAGAUGUUGAAGGUGUAUGGGAGAUGACAGGUUUCAUGGAUCACAAUACCUACAUAGAUAUUUUAUUAAAAGAUGUUUUUAAAGGGGCUGGGUCACGUAGAAUUAUUUUCUCCAGUUUUGAUCCUGAUAGUUGUAUAUUGUUGCAAAGAAAACAGAAUAAAUAUCCGGUAUUAUUUUUAUCUAAUGGACCAACACAGAGAUAUAAACCAUACAUGGAUAUCAGAGCUCAAGGAUAUGACAAUGCAAUGUAUUUUGCACUUUCAGAAGGCUUUUUGGGUGUAGAUUUACAAUCAGAAGGAUUACUACAAGAUUUAUCUAUAAUAAAGAGAGUUAAAGAUAGUGGUUUGAUAUUGUUUGUCUGGGGUGAAGAUAAUAAUGAUAAAGAAACUAUUGGUUUAUUGAAACGUCAUGGUGUACAAGGAAUCAUCUAUGAUAGGUAA